GAGCGCAUGCGUCUACACAUACACAAGGUGUAUCAGUGUAUCGCGAAUCGAAGUCAAAUGCGCAUAUUUUUGUUUCUAUAUGUGAAUAGUCAAAAAUUAAUUUAUUUUUAUGAAAUAAAGACAAUUGAUAUCCGACUGAUAUAUUCAAAUUGAACAAAUUGAAAAUUUUCUUUGUAUACAUUUAUAGAAAAUGCAGAGUAUUCGUCAGUGUGUGAAACAUUUAGCAUUUUAUGGUAGAUUUGCUAUAAGUAGAGUGGAUAUAUCACCAACCACAGUAAAGAUAUUAAAUCUACCAACAUGCAGUUUCCAUCUUUCUUCGAUAUGCAGGGCUAAAUUGUCUAAUUAUCAGAGCCCGACACAUUUUCUUGAUUAUAACAAGACUAUUUUUUCACCUCAAAAACCAGAUGAAGAAAGAAGGCCUGCUUAUGUAUGCCAUAUGAAAGCCAAUAUAAAAUAUAGCCCAAAAAAAAUGUGGUACGUUGCUGGUUUUGUACGAGGAAUGUCUGUGGACGAGGCUGUAAAACAGUUGAGCUUUCUGCAUAUGAAAGGUGCUGAAAUUGCUAAAGAAGUUAUAUUAGAAGCUCAACGUUUAGCUGUAGAAAAUCAUAAUGUCGAGUUUAAAAGUAAUUUGUGGGUUGCAGAAUCAUUCAGUACUAAAGGUAUAGUAAUAAAAGGUUUACGACGUCAUGCUAGAGGUCGCAAGGGAACUAUUCAUUAUAAAUAUUGCCAUUAUUUUGUACGUUUGGAGGAAGGACCACCACCUAAACAUUACUAUUUACCAUACCCUAAAAGUGGACAAGAAUUGUUAGAAGAUUGGUUAAAGCAGAUGCAUAUGCGCAAAGUACCGAACUCUUUGUAAAUGUUUUGUGACAAAAUAAUAUACAAAUAUAUAUAUAUAUUAAAAAUA